AUGUUAGCUGUCAUGAAAGAUGAUGAGAUAACUGCUACUGUGCGAAGUGACUAUUCUAUUCUUCAGCUGGCCCACUCAUUUUUUAACAAACAUGGUCAGGAUCCCACCAAAUACGACUAUAUUCGCCAGACGCUCAGAGAAAGUGGAAGACUUCUGCUUAUACUUCGCAAGGAGUUCUCAAUACAUACCCUUGAGGAUGCUGUGAGACCUGCUCAUUUUGAUGUGGUGAUCAAAGCUGUCAAGAAAGUGUCUGGGUACGAUGAUGAAAAGCACUGUUACCGUACUCCAAGCCUUGCAUUAAAGUUGGGUCACUCACUGCAGAAAGUCAGUGACAUUUUACAUUGCAGAGCACUGAUGGCGCAAGACAGUAACCUGAUAAAGUCAACCCAGAGUUUCAAAACCCUCUAUGCUGCAAAGUGGUCUGAACUCAUCUCCCACACCGCUUUAACUACGCUGAAUGAGCGUCACUUCAACAAGCCUUCUACUCUUCCUUUUACGGAAGACGUUCAGUGUCUUCAUCUGGAAAAGAUAACAGAACAAGCAUUGAAGGACUUGGAAGACCACAAAAACCUGUUCCUGUUUGCUAGACCUCAUUGUCUGACUCCCUACAGAGGACAGGACUGUUUGAGGCUCUAUGCGGGUGAAUGUGGGGCUGAAAAACCUGAGCUCCUCAGGUCGACGCUAUUACGGAAACAUGUCGCAACUUUGUCACAGAUCUUAAACCUCAAGAAUCAUGAGUUGGACCAGGUUGCUAACUUCCUUGGCCAUGAUAUUCGCGUUCACCGAGAGUAUUACCGACUGCCAGAGGCUACUACCCAGCUGGCCAAAAUCUCCAAACUACUGCUUGCCAUGGAGAAAGGGUCUCUCAGAAGCCUUCAAGGCAAAACGCUUGAGGAGAUUGAAAUUGAAGAGCUGAAUGUGGAUACGAGGCGCCCUACGACCUUCACCCCCCCACCGAAGAAUGAGGAAUCCCUUCGCCUGUGGUUAAAGGCUUUAAAUUUGAAGAAACCACCGAAGCGACCGUAUGUUUGUUCUUUUCAUUUCGUGGACAAAAGACCCACAGAAGACCACCCGAUUCCAGAAAAGUGGCUGGGCUACGAGGUCCCAAUAAAAACACCAAGGAGACGUGUCCAGAGGUUAGCAGACACAGAUGACAGCCACUGUGAUGAGGAGGCUGACCAGACCAUUCCACAGUCAGAGGCAACUCUGCAUAAAGAUGCUGACACUCAGUGGGAGGUGCAGGCACUGAUGGAUCACACCUACACAUUAGAAGGAAAGAUGAAGGAUGUAUGCGACAGAGAAACACAAUGUGGUGGAGAAGUACCCCUUGCCCAUGCCAUCCUGAAGAAUGACACUAGCUGCGUGUUGUACACAGGCCUUUCUCUCAAUGCAUUUUUUGAUCAUGUAAAAUAUCUGGAACAGUUCUAUAAAGCAAACUUUAAGAUGCACGAAAUGGAUCAAAUAUUGAUGACCAUGAUGAAACUAAAGUUGAAUCUACUCCAGGGUGAUCUUGCAGAACGCUUUGCUGUGUCCCAGGGGUUAGUGAGCCGGAUCCUCUCCUACUGGAUAGACACAAUGGAGGAGCACAUGAGAAUCUUCAUUCCUUGGCUGCCACGGGACACAAUCCGGAGCACAAUGCCUCAGUGCUUCAGGGAGAAGUUCCCCAACACCACCUGCAUCAUUGACUGCAGUGAGACCAACCUGCAGAAACCACACAACCUUGACUCCAGAGGCGAGUCCUACAGCCAUUAUUAUUCCAGCAAUACUAUAAAGUAUUUAGUUGCUAUUGCCCCGUGUGGGCUUGUUAUGUUCAUUUCUCCUGCUUAUGGAGGCAGGUGUAGUGACAAGUUCAUCACUCAGGAGUCUGGCUUUCUGGAGUAUCUUCGUCCCGGUGAUGAAGUGAUGGCAGACAGAGGCUUUACCAUCAGAGAUCUGCUGUUUGAGAGAAGGGUUAACCUUGUUCUACCAGCAUUCACCCAUAAAGGAGGGCAGUUGUCUGAUGAGGACGUAACUGCCACAAGGAGGAUUGCAAAUGUUCGCAUUCAUGUGGAAAGAGUUAUCAGGAGGCUCAAGGUGUUCAAAAUAAUCUCCCAGACUGUACCCAUCAACUUGUCACACAAAAUGGACAAAAUCCUCAGAAUCUGUGCGGCCCUUGUGAACAUGCAGGGGGAAAUCAUCCACGAGGAUGCUGAUUGAUCAUGGACAUAUAUUAUCCAUAAUAUUUGUAAAUAUUUAUUUGACAGCCUGCAGUCCCUUGAUAGUACUAUAGUUUUCUCAUCUGAUUUGUCUUUAAUAGUCUAUUUUUCAGAUAUCUCUAUUCUG